GGCUCAUCACCUACCCAUCAUCACUUACCCGUUCGCACUUCACCAAAAAUGAAACAGAUUAUUUUAGCGCUGGCUCUUGUGAGUUUGGCGACAUGUGCCAGACUUGAUAGUAAAUAUCUUCCACCUGGACGUGGUGGAGGAGGUGGUGGUGGAGCUUUCCCAGGACCUGGACCUCGACCCGGCCCUAGACCUGGAGCUGGUGGAUUUGGAGGAGGUCCUGGACAAUAUCAAGGAGGAGGAGGAGGAGGAGGAGCUGGUGGAUACCAAGGUGGUGGUGGAGGAGGAAGUGGGGGAGCUGGUGGAUAUCAAGGAGGUGGUGGAAGUGGAGGAGCUGGAGGAUAUCAAGGUGGUGGUGGUGGUGGAGCCGGCGGUUACCAAGGAGGCGGUGGUGGAGGUCCCCAAAUCCCCAUCAUCAGAUACGACAACAGCCCCAAUCAAGGAGAUGGUUCUUAUAACUACGUUUACGAAACCGGAAAUGGAAUUCAAGCUCAAGAACAAGGUUACCAAAAAGGUCCCGAUAACGGUUUUGCGGAAGGAUCAUUCUCAUACACCUCACCAGAUGGUGGACAAUACUCAAUCACCUACACAGCCGACGAAAACGGUUUCCAACCUCAAGGUGCUCACCUCCCGACUCCUCCACCAAUUCCGGAUGAAAUUCAAAGAUCCAUCGAACAAAAUUUAGCUGAUGAAGCACGCGGAGUCGUCGAUGAUGGUCAAUAUCGUGGAGAUGGUGGUGCAGGUGGUGGUUACCAAGGUGGUGGAGGUUAUCAAGGAGGAGCUGGUGGAAGUGGUGGAUAUCAAGGAGGAGCUGGAGGUUAUCAAGGUGGUGGCGGUAGCGGAUUCCAAAGUGGUGGAGGAGCCGGAGGAUAUCAAGGAGGAGCUGGUGCCGGUGGUCACGGUGGCGCUGGAGGAGGUGGUGGAGCAGGUAAUGGAGGCUACAGAUACUAAGAUUACUAAAAAAUGAAGAAAACAAAGAAAAUCUGAUGAUGAUCUGAUGAUAAUGAUGGAAAUAGUCAUAAAGAUAUAAAAAAUGAUGUGUAUAUAGUUUUAAUUUUAUACUUAUCUUAUAAUAAAUUGAUUAAACUUUUU